AUGUCGUCUAAAACUGAGGAUUCUAUCAAGAUUCGCACCAUGACGGUCGAGGAUUUCAAAGAGGUUAAGUCGUUUCUUCGCGAACAUAUGUAUACGGGCGAGCCUCUUAGCAUGUCGUCCAAUGAGGAUGUCGAGAAGUGCGAUGAGAAAAACACAGACGAGUACAACCUAAAGCUGAUCAAACAAGGCACCUCGUUGGUGGCAGUGGAGCCAUCUGGACGCAUCGUGGGUCUCGUGCUGGCUGGUGCCAGUUACCCAAGCGAUCUCGAGAGCAAUCGAGUAGAUGCCGAGAAUAUGGGUCAACACUUCUGGGGUCGCCUUAACCGCUUCCUAUCCAAGGUGGAGAGAGAAGCGAACGUCUUUGAGCGCUAUGGUGUUUCCAAAGCUAUUUAUUCGCACAUCACCAACGUGGAUUCUUCAAUGCGUGGCAAGGGACUGGGAUCGCGACUAGCUACAGCUUUAAUGGAUUUAGGCCGCGCCAAGGGAUUCCCCCUCAUGAUAGCUUAUUGCACUAGCUUUUACUCGGCGCGCCAGAAGGAGGCCUUGGGCAUGGAGGUCGCCUAUUCUUUUCGCUAUGCGGACUACAAAGACGAAGAGGGACGUGUGAUUUUCCAUCCACCAGCACCACACAACGAAGUUCGUGUAAUGGCCAUGAGGUUGUAGGUUAGUGAGUUGUGGAUAAUCCCCAGAUCCGGAUUCUGAUAUCACUUUGAGUUCCACCAGCGUUAAAUCGUUUGCAAAUAGAUCUAAUCAACGUAUGGUCCUUAACAUAUGAAGUAAACGAAAACAAUGGGAUAAAUAAAUUAUUUUAAGGAGA